AUGAACCCCGAUGUUGACUACGCCAAUUUAUACCGCGACCUUUCCUCAAAGUUCAAAAAGAAAUUAUUUCGUAAAACCAACCUUACCGAGGCUAAAGAUGAUUUUGCCAAAUCUCUUGCCACUGAGGAUACGCCCGAAUAUGCUGGCGUAUUUGCACUGGGUAAGGCAAAAUGUGAAGCCCAACUGAAUAAUGCUAUCGGAGAGGCGGCUGCCCUGUUGGAGGCUGCAGCAUGGUUUCUACGUGCAGAGGAGAAUCUAGUUUUAACCGGAGGCUUUUCUGUUCGUGAGAAUCUGGACUUCUUCGUUUCAUGCAGCUUAAAGGCUGCCAAGGUGCGCACGGAUGCGCCCCGGUCCAUGCACAUACUCUCCAAGUGUGCUAGGUGUCAGAUUUUCAUGCGGGACUAUGUUGGUGCGCUGACGACCUACCAGCGGAUGCAAGCUCUUAUACUUGAUGCAUAUGCUACACACAACUAUGAACAGGAACUACUUUUCGAUUACACGAAGUCCUGCGAGAUCUUUCGUGUUCUGCUUAUUCUUUUGACGACGCCACCACCUUCCUUGAAGCACGAUUCGGAACAGGUAGGCGCUUACUCAUUGAAGGCAUACUUGACCGGUGAGCAAGUCCCGUCAGAGUCGUGUGCCGCUGGCCUCUUGGACUCCGAUCUUUUCCUUCUCCUAAGGUCCCUUAUUAUGGCGUACAAAUCCAGCAACAUAACCGAAUUAGAAUACACGGCGACCUACCUCCAAAGUCACGUAAGCCUUGUCCAAAGGAAAUUGCUGUGUGACCUUCUUGAAGAACUUAUCAACCCCCUCGGUGGCUGA